GAUACACGCAACUUACACUGUCUAUUGAGUAGUGACCCGAGGCUCCGCAGACCUAGCUUGAAAGAGCGAGCCUCAAGUUGAAUAAUUUUGCUAGGAAUUAUUUCUCGUUGUCACACCACAACAACUUCAACAUCGCAUUAAACAUAAACAGGAGCCGACGGCGCGCUUCUUGACACGCGCUUCUUGACACAAUGGCGCCCUACGCAGCCGUGCUGAAUCUCGCACGGGCUGCGCAUAAGACGCUUUAUAUCUGAUUUAGUAGCUUGCUGCUACUGCCGGAUACUGUAAUCGUGGCUGCUGGCGCGCCAGCAUGCCUACCGCGGCGAAAGGCGCUACGCGGGCCAGGCCUCCGGCGACGCCGUCGGGGCGAGCGGAGCGAGCUGCGGAUAUGUCUUGGCGACGGGGGAGGCCGACUCGGCGAAGGCGCGCAGCGACUGAUGAGCUGAAGCUGUCAUGUAUGGGCUACGCACAAACGCUCUCUCGGACAUUUACGCUCUUCAACAACGCCGGUGUGGCCUUCACCAUCCUCAGCCCGCUCACCGCGCUGACAGGCACGUACGGCAGCUGGGGCCUGCUGUACGGCGGGCCGGUGCUGAUGGCGUGGGGCAUGGUGGCUGUGUCGGCCUUCAGCCUGUGCGUGUGCGUGUGUUUGGCGGAGAUGUCCUCCGCCUACCCGACCUCGGGGGCCAUUUACUACUGGUCCUGGGUGCUUGCGCCCGGCCGCUGCAAGGCUGUGCUGUGCUGGGUGAGCGGCUGGGUGCUGGUGCUGGGGCAGGCGGCCUUCAUCGCAGCCAACGCCGCCAUACUGGUGGACCUUCUGGGCGUGUUCGGGGUCAUGGGCGCAGGCGUGGCGCUGAGCGCCCUGCACAGCCUGCUCAUCUUCUGGGCGGUGCUGGCCGCCUGCGCCGCCGCCAACAGCGCCCCCAACGCCGCCCUGGCCUACCUGACCAGCCUGGGGGCGCUGUGGAACGUGGUGGCGCUGGCGGCGCUGGUGGCGGCGCUGCCGGCACUGGCGCGGCAGCGCAACAGCGCGCAGUACCUGUUCACACGUUGGCAGGACAUGACGGAGUUCCUGGGCUUCGACGCCUCCCCACACAUGGCGGAGGAGACCCACCACGCCGACAUCAACGCCCCGAGGGGCAUGGUGCUGGCCACUGCAGCAACAGCGGUGGGCGGCUUCGUCUACGUGCUUGUGCUCAACUCGGUGGCGCUGGACGCGCGGGAGCUGCUGGCGACCGACAACGAGAGCAGGGGGCAGCACGCGGUGGCACAGCUGUUCUGGAACGUGCACAAGGCGGCUUACGGCGACGGCCGCGGCGGUCUGGCGCUACUCAGCAUCCCCACCCUGGCCGCACUCAUGUGCACCUACGAGUCCAUCGGGGCCAACGCGCGAAUGCUCUUCGCCUUUUCGCGCGAUGGCGCCGUGCCCUUCAACAAGUACAUCGGCCGGGUGGAGGAGAGGACCAAGGCGCCCGUCGUCGCGGUGUGGGUGAUGGCGGGUCUGGCGGCUGUGCUGGGCACGCCCAUGUUCUUCAGCCCGCCCUACGUGGCCACCGUGGAGACCAUGGCGGUGGUCAACACCUACAUCGCGUACGGCAUACCCAUAGCCUGCAAGCUGCUGUCCAGUCGCGCCGCCUUCCUGCCCGGCCCCUACUCCAUGCGCCCGUGGCUCAGCCGCUGCCUCAACGCCCUGGCCCUACUGUGGAUUGCCUUCAUCGCCGUGGUGUUCAGUUUGCCCACACUGUACCCGAUCACACCCGGGAACAUGAACUACAACGCCGCGGGCACUGUGCUGGUGCUGCUGCUGAGCCUGGGCGGCUACUACUGUCCGGUGGUGGGCGGGCGGCACUGGUUCACCGGGCCCCGGCCCAGCCUGGGGCAGUUCAGGGAGGACGUGGCGGCGGAGCAGCAGAAGGCGGCGGCCAUGGCAAAGCACCUCAUGCUGCAACAGGAGCUGCUGCUGAAUGCGGCCUCAAAAUCCGCCAAGCACCCACAGCAGCGGGGGCAAACAGAGCCGGCGCCUGCAGGCGCGGGCGAUGGCGCCGCCGUCAGCAGGAAGAGCGGCAGCGGCGGCGCCGCAGCUGGCGCGGGUGGCGCUAGUAGCGCCGGAGGCACAGGGCCAGGCGCCGCCAGGCCUGGAGCCUCAGCCGGAGGGGGGCCAGGAGGAGUCCCGGGAGUAAGUCGUAAGGAGAUGUACCACGUGUCUGGACACAACCAGCGGCAGCCGCUGCUGCGCAGCCUCAUUGCGGAAGGGCUGGAUGAGGGCUUGACCGAAGAGGAGCCGGAGGCGGAGCCGGCGGGGGCGGCGGCGGCGGGAGCAUCAGGAGCAGGGGCGGCGGGCGCGGUGGCGGCGCAGGGAGGCGCAGCGGCUGUGGGGGCGGGGCCGGGUGCUGUUGCGGAGGCGACGGAGGGCGGGGGUGCGGCUGGCAGCUGGGACGUGGCGCAGGCGGAGUCGGCGAGAUGCGGGCAGGUGGCGACAGCAGCAGCAGUAGCAGAGGAGCUUGAGCCACUGGGUCGGGGCGGCGUGGCGAAUGGCCACGUGCUCGAGGCCGCCUCGUUGCUACUGCCGGUCCGCCGGGAAGGGCGCUGUAGCAGCAGCAGUGGCGCCGGCUUGGCAGGCGGUGCAGGCGGCGGCACGGGGCGGCGGCGCGGCGGCAGGGCUGCCGGCGGCGGCAGUAGUGGCGAGGGUGUGGGGCGGUAGCUAGGCAAGGCUGCGGCGGCGGCGGUCUCGCACGUCCCAACCGUGGGGCCUUGUCGUUCAUGGGACGGGUUGAGGAGCAGGUCGGCUGCGGCCGGCGUCGCUUGCGGAACGUGCGGGAGUUCGCGUCACGCUGGGUUGGGGAAACGCAUGUGGGAACCCUUGCUAAUGCAUGACCAUGAUACCUUAUCAAAACGCAUGACAAGGAAAAUGAUACGUACGUAGCUAGCUACGUGGCAAAGUUGCAGGGCUGCUUGGCAAAUUCGCAUGAUCGUGCAUUGUGUGGCGAGCGCUGGGUGGCGAGCCGAUAGGCAUCGUGCUGCGGCGGGGGCUUUCUUCAGUUCAUUAGGCGCCCGGCUUUCACCCUGCAGCUGUGGGUGUUGUGGCGGUGGCGGCCGCCGUCUGAGCAACGCGCGACUCUAGACUGCGGUGCGCGUGUGCGUGCGCGCGUCGUUGUGUAGGCGGCAUGCCUUGCCAAAGCAGGCAUUUUGCUGCAGUCUCACUUUGGCGUGUGGCGUUGUACGCAAGGUUGUACGUGCCGAACAGCCAACAGCGCAUUUGUCGGGAGUACUUGGAAUUGGUGCGGUAGCGUAGAGCCGGCCCGUCAUGUGAUUGCUCUGCGAGUUUGUUUGCUGUCUGAUUCAAGUAUUAGUGUUUUGGGCUGAGACCCGCGUGCGAAGCGAUUCAGGGGGGAACGAAGCCCCCCAAGAUCACUUUCUGCGUGCGUGCGUGUGCAGUCUUUUCCUUGAGAGGGAAAACCACUCUUUUCUUGUUUAGUUUGAGAGAUCAUUCAUGUUAAUACCGUAUGUACGGUUGCGGUACUUACCUGCGACGAGCAGGCGUUUACGGUAGCAGCAUCACUUGACUCUCAGAUGAUUGGUUGUGGGACGAAAGGAUAAGGCAAGGCUUUGGAGUUUGGGGGCAGUUCUUAGCUGUUGGGCAAUCUGCGCACCAACGCUGCUGCUUCUUGAUGGCGCAAUGUUUUUAUUAUCGGGGCUGUCUGGCUAUCGAAUCACACAAGCACAAUGCUUCGAACACACAUGUGUGUGCACAUGAGGUAACCUGCGCGGCUGGGCUGCACCUGGGGUUGUGCUUGUUCGCUUGGAAGGGGAUUGCGCAACGGGUCUGUGUGCUUAGGCAGGACGGCACAAAGGGGAAGGGUGCGGGAUCUGAAACAUGUAUCUCAAUGCGUGUUGUUUUCCAUGAGCUCUUAGUAGCAGUACGGGCUUUCAUGGGUCUCAUCUGUAGUCCUGUGUAGGCUCAUCGAGGCGAGGGAGGAACGUCAAUUGGGGGGGGGGCUGUGCGUGUUCGGUGGUACAUGGGAGACACCUGUGGGGCGCACAGCACACGGCACGGCGCGGCACGGUGCGGGGCACUUGGAGCAGUUCGGGAGUCGGGCGAUGGGGAGCUGGUUUUUAUGUGCGACUCAGGCAGGCGUAUGGAACAGGGCACACGGAACGCCUCUGGCCGUUGGGGUUUGGGACCGGUAAGCUGCGGUGGCCUUUGGGGUUUGGGACCGUUAAGCUGCGGCUUUAUGGUGACUCUGUGAGAAAGGGGUAGCAAGUCGUACGCCGGGGGCGAGCGGGCGGCAACCCUGCUGAAUAAGCACUCGGGGGUUGGCUCGGCAGUUGGGUGGCUCGACGUCACGUGUCCCAGGGUGGAAAGGCUGUUAGGCUGGUCAGUGGUGGCUGGAGUUCCUGUGUUUCCGCGACUGGUGGAGCCGCAGCAGGGUCGUUCCGCGCGUCCGCUUUGUCGGUUCCCUUGUGUUCGCUUUGGGAGGCACUGCGCCACGGCGCCGUCUCAGACCGGGUGCUGUCAUGCCUAUGCUACGCCGCUGCGGCCUACGGGCAAGUCGGCACGACACGCAAGCCGCAAGGUCCGACUCAUAACGU